AUGAUAGCAAAAGCACAAAUUGCACGCAUUAUUAUCACGUUUGGAUAUGGUAUGAUGGGAGCGGCCAUUAUUGUUAUGCUUGUUUUGCCUAUAUUUGGUUACUCGGUGAGAAACCUAUCUAAUGUUACUGAAGAUCUGGAGAAACCACUUUCAUUGCAGACAUAUUAUAUCUACAAUACGAGAAAAAGUCCACAAUACGAAUUCACAUAUGCUGCUCAAUAUAACUUUCUUAGUCUUUCGGUAUUUCAUAUUUCUGGUCAACUGGACAUUCUGAGAAAUCGUUUCUUGCAUUUACAUAUUGUCGCCAAUCUUAACAACGCUUUAAAGAGUUGUAUAAUGGAUCAUACAAGACUGCUUAGAGCUAUUAAUCAUGUGGAAGAUAUAUUCAGUUUAAUAUUGCUGAUACUAUUUCUAUGUUUUGGUACACUCUUCGCUUUCUAUGGAUUAUGGAUAAUAAAUAUACUUGAAAGUAAACAACACUUAACAUUUUUAAACUUGGCAUAUUUUGUAAGCAUCGUUACCAAUAUAUUCGGUCACAUGUGCAUGUACUGCGCUGUUGGUGAAAUAUUAACAGCUAAGUGCGAAAGAAUCCACUAUGCUGUAUAUUUCAAUGAAUGGUAUACUUUAAAUGCAAGAAAUUCUCGAGACUUAGUUCUUCUAAUGUUAAGAACCAAUAAGCCUCUUCAUCUUCACUUCGGUAAACUAUUUCCUUUAACAAUGGCUACAUUUUGCAGUCUAUUAAAAACGUCAGCUGGUUACAUAUCUGUUUUACUUACAACAAGGAGUCAAUGA